GUUUCAUUCUAUGGUGAUCGUUCGCAUAUUCGACACAGGUGAUACGGGACUAUAGUGUGAGAACUUUUUGCGCACAAUUUGAGUGCUUGUUCAGUGAUUUCAGCUGCGAGGGAUACAAGGUUUUUCGUUACAAUGUUGUGGAUAAUUUUACUAUUAGUAUCUCUGUUAUUGGGUUAUUAUUACUUAAUACGACCUCUUCAGUAUUGGACUAAGUUAGGUGUAACACAAGGUAACCCGUUACCAAUUGUAGGUGAUUUUAAAGAAUCAAUCUUUGGAAGAAGACCACUUGCAGAUCUUAUAAUGAAAGUUUAUAAUUAUGGAUCUAAUGUUAGGUACACUGGUAUAUAUCUGUUUAACACACCAACUCUGGUAAUAAGAGAUCCAGAAUUGAUCAAACAAAUUCUUGUCAAAGACUUUGAUCAUUUUCUUGACCACCAAUCAUUUCUGUCAGCUGAAAGUGAUGUUUUAUGGAGUAAUAAUCUUUUUGCAUUAAAAGGUCAAAGGUGGAAGGAUAUGAGAUCAACCUUAAGUCCUUCCUUCACCUCAAGCAAAAUGAGAACUAUGUUCACAUUGUUACAAGAUGUAGCCGAAAAUUUCACUAGAUAUUUUACUAGCCAAAAUUCAAAUGUAAUCGAUGUAGAACUUAAAGAUGCAUUCACCAGAUAUGCCAAUGAUGUGAUAGCUAGUUGUGCUUUCGGAAUUGAAAUCGACUCACUCAAAAACAGGAACAACGAAUUUUAUACUAUGGGUAAAGAACUGACUGACAUAGGCAUAUGGAAAAAUAUGAAGUUUUUUCUAGGUUUAAUUGUACCAUUUUUAUCAAAGAUAUUGGAAAUUAACAUCUUUAACAAAAAAGUCACACAUUUCUUUCGAACUUUGGUAACAGAUUCCAUUAAAAUUAGAGAAACUAAAGGCAUAGUGAGGCCAGACCUUAUUCAUCUAUUGAUGGAAGCACGUAAAGGCAAAAAACUGGACUCCACCCAGAAAGAAAUUUUAGAUACCGGGUUUGCAACUCUGGAAGAAUUUGACAUGGGAGUUAAAGGAAAAACUGAACUAACUGACGACGAAAUUACUGCGCAAGCUGGUGUAUUCUUCUUUGCUGGUUUCGAAUCAGUUUCGGGAUUGAUGUCAUUCGCAGCCUAUGAAUUGGCCCUUCAACCUGACAUCCAGGAUAAACUUAGAGCUGAAAUUCAUGGAGUUUUGGAGGAGAAUGGGGGAAAGUUAACUUAUGAAGGAUUGUUGAAAAUGAAAUAUAUGGAUAUGGUAGUAACAGAAACCAUGAGGAAGUGGCCGAAUGCUGUCCAAACUGACAGGGUGUGUACUAAACCCUACACAAUUCAGCCAAAAAAUCCUGGUGAAAAACCAAUUCCUUUCAAAGUGGGAGAUAACAUUUGGAUACCAAUUUGGGGUAUUCAGAGAGAUCCGCAAUAUUAUCCAGAUCCCGAAAAAUUCGAUCCAGAGCGCUUUAGUGAUGAGAACAAACAUAAAAUUGUACCUUAUACCUUUUUAACAUUUGGAAUUGGUCCAAGGAGCUGUAUUGGAAACAGAUUUGCUCUUCUGGAAGUCAAAGCUGUGCUAUUUCAUUUAUUGUCAAAGUUUAGGAUUAUACCAACGGCGAAAACUGAAAUACCCAUUCAGUUGCAUACCAGUUCCAUUGGACUGAAUGCUAAGAAUGGAUUUUGGGUAGCAUUUGAAAAAUUGUAAAAACUAUAAAAGGGUUCAUAUAAAAAAUUUCAUCAUU